AUGUCAAGACGAAAACGUAAUGUGCCAAUACAACAACAAUCGACUUCAAGAUUUUCAUCAAAAAAGGAAGAAAUAACAAAUGGCGAAGAUCAUAUAACAUCAGUUACUCAAUUAUGGACAUUGCCUCGAGCAGCUUUAUUACUAGUUACGCCAAUUCUCGCGUCAACGGUUUUGCAAGUUUCUCCGCGUUAUCUUGAACCACUAUAUGGAAAUGUUUUCUCCUAUUUAUAUUUUAAAGAAGCUGCUUUAGGUUCUGUGAUAUUUGGAAUAAUUUUAGGUGUCUGGGUAACUUCUAUAGCAAAGAAAUCCUGGGCUCGCCAAGAUGAUAAACAAAACGAAGCUUAUUUGAGCACUUUAAUUAUGACAGGGAUUGACUGGUGCGGCAUCCUAUUGGCUCUGUCCCCACUUUCAGUAAAGUUAUUAUUCACACAAAGUGGAACACUGGGUCCGUAUCUUGGACCACAUAUUACUCAAACAUGGUUAGCUUAUCCGGUGCUUUUUACUCUGGCUCUAAUAAACACAUUAGUCUGUGCGAGACGUGAAAGAGAGAAAAACAUUUUAUUAUAUAGAUGGGCAGUAUACGUGAUAAUGCAUAUUGUGGUGAUCUCGUCCUUAACAUAUGUCUUGUAUAAUGUUGUUGCGAUGGGUCGUACUUGUCAACGAUUAUAUUCCGGUGGACUCUUAUUAGCAUUGGUUGGCGGAUUAUUUAAGGCUCUUUUUCGUAUCUAUGGCGAGAUCACAUUAUUAGAGGAUUCUGCGCAAAGACGAAAGGCACAAGCACUUAAAGCAAAAAAUGCAAAAGAAGUAAGACCCUUUGUGAGCACGGUACCACAGAUUUUCAUAAUUCUUUUGGUGAUUUAUAAUGCUGGAUUCAAUCCCCAAUGUCUUCUAAACGUAAUCAAUAAUAAUAAUGGCCAAAAUAAUUCGAAAUCAGCAUAUAUUAUUUUAGCGCGUAAUGAAUCUGUCACAGGAUGGAUUGAUAUAGUUGAUGAUCCUACGCGUGAUAUACGUAUUAUGCGUGCUGGGCAUUCGUUAAUUGGCGGUGUACAUAAAAGUACUUGGGAAUCGGUAUUCGCCUCAUUUUAUUAUAUGGAGGCUGUACAACUCGUCGAAGGAAGAACGCAUGAUGAACAGGAAAAGGCACUUCAAAUAGGAUUAGGAAUUGGAGUGUCUGCAUCUUCGCUUCAAGAGAACAACGUAUUGGUUGAUAUAGUUGAAAUUGACCCAGUAGUAUACGCAUUUGCUGUGAAUUAUUUUCGACUUGCGCCUCUUAAUAAACCACAUAUUCAAGAUGGUCGAAAAUUCAUUAAUGAAGCCUCAGCUAAUAAGUAUGAUUACGUCUUACAUGAUGUGUUUACUGGAGGUUCUGUCCCGGCAGCAUUAUUUUCCAUUGAGGCUUUAAUUCAGAUUCAAAGAAUAUUAAAAGAGGAUGGCGUGCUUGCUUUGAAUUAUGUGGGAUCUCAAAAAUGGCCCGACGCUGAAGCAUUAGGAUUAGUUUACAACACUAUCAAAGCGGUUUUCCCGUACGUAAAUUGUUAUCGAGAAGGCAGCAACGAAUCGAUCGAAGUAUUUGAAAAUUUGGUAUUCUUUGCUUCCGCAAAACCAAUAAGUUUUCGUGCAAUAACCACAAACAGUACACACACUGGUGGGUUGCGAGAAUAUAUUCUCGAAACUUUUGAAAAAUGGAAAGUAGAUUUAACGCGUCUAUCAAACAUCACCGGAGUCAUCACGGAUCACGAAAAUCCAUUGAAUAAAUUGCAAUUAUCCUCGGCAUUUGAUCAUUGGCAUAUUAUGCGGGAACUGUUUCCGCUUGAAUUUUGGUUAGAUUAUUAG